UGUGGCCUCAGACGGCGAGUGGCAGUCGUACAACAAAGACGUACUAUUUUCUCUCUUUAUCCACCUGGCGGAGCUCUGCUAAAGUUGGCCAGACAACUUUUUGAAAAACCGCAACCAAAAACGUUCCAACAACAAACAAAAUAUAUAUAAAUAAAUAAACUGAACUCCUUUUACUUUUAACGUUAACUGAGCGUCAUUGCUGCUUAAAUCAACAAAUAUACAAAUCUCAAUUGCAUAAUAGAUGACCGAGAAGGAUAACGUAUCCAUGGCUACCGUGCAACUGAAGCCCGACUAUGCGGCUAGUGAGGUGUACAGCACCGCCAGCGAACCGCCACCGGCGUACAAACGUCAAGCGAACUCGGUAAAAAUAGCCAAGAUUACGGCUUUUACCAUAGUCGUAUCCUCGUUCAUAUUGGGCGCAUUCAUUUUGGCCUCGUCGUACCUGCAGGCCAAGGCCUCCUGUGACCAGGUGCAGGCCCUGGACUCGGUGCUGGAGAAGGAGCUAAUGCUGGAAACGCUGCAGCAGGUGAGCAAGGAACUACCCCGAGCUGAAGCUUUGCUCGGUAAAUCCGAUGUUGGUGAGGAUUUGCAAAAUCUCGAUCACGAUGAGGCCCCGUUGGAUAAGAAGACGGAGUCAAAGAACGAAGGCAUUGAGCGCAAUGUCAAUGAGCACGACAACACCUACUCGGAGAGCGACGAGCCCGAGGAGAUGCAAAAGUUCCCAGGCAAGAUGCCGCUCGAGCUGGACUUGAGCGAUCUGGCCGCAGCUAUUCUGCGCAAUAACAAGAAAUCCCGCAUGAACUGUGUGGUGGAGCGCAAGCAUGCCGAGGAGAUUGUUGAUUCACCCUCAAAGACCGUGGCGCUGCCUUUUGGCGUCAAUCUGACCACCGAUCCAAAGAAGGCACGCAUCACCGGCGAACGUAUUUCCAUUUUCUGUGAUGGCGGCGACGAUGAGGAGAAGGAGUCCAAGCGCCAGCGCGAGGAGGAUGACUCUGAGGAAGAUGUUGAGCCAAUGCGUCCCAUGUUUAUACCAUUCCAGCGUGUGCCCAUUCCCUUUGGCCGCAUUCCCGACCAGAUGCCACUCACUCAUAUGCCCCAGCGCAUGAUGCCACCAGCGAUGCAGCAGCAGCUGCCCCAGCAGGGUUCGAUCAUCAUUCGCCAGCUGCCCCCUCCGUUCCAGCAUCUGCCCAUGCGUCCACCCAUGCCACCACAGGUGAUGCAAGCACCACGCAUGGAGGAACAGCCACAGCAGCCUCAAAUACAGACCAUGCGCAUCCAUAUGCAUCAGCUGCCCUUCCGCCAGCUGGACUUGACCAACGAUAUGCCCCGCGAGCAGGAGGAUCAGCGUGAGAUGCCACAGCGUGUGAUGCCACAGCGCGAGAUGCCACAGCGUGAGCUGCUGCAGCGCGAGAUGCCCCAGCGUGAGAUGCCACAGAUUCAGAUCCAGCACAUGCCUUUGGGCGUAGCACUGCAGCGCGUGGGCAUCACCGCUGACGAUCUGCGCAACAUUCAACGCAUGGCCGAGGAUCGUUUCACCGACGAGCUGCGUCGCCUGACCGCCGAGGAUUCUUCUGAUUCCAAUGAGAAUAACAACGCCAACUCUGAUGAGGAAGAGGAGCACUCUGAGACGCCCAUGGCAUCUGGCGAGCAAUCCACUCCAGUUGCUACAGCAGCCCAGGCCCAGUCCCAGUCUCAGUCCCAGUCAAGCCAGCAGCAGCCUGAGCAACAACAACAGCAGCAGCAGCAGCAGCAGCAGGAGUCCAGUGAGCAGCAGGAGGACCAAAUGCCUCAUAUGCAAAUCCAGCGCUUGAUACUGCAGCCACUGCCGGAGCAGCCACGCGAUACUAUGACCCCGCCCAUGCUCGAUCAGCCACCACAGGUGCCAUUCGGUCGCAUGGUCUUUGGACGUAGCCUGGCUCAGCCCGUGCGCAUUCCCGUGCCCAUGAUGCAGCCAGCCGAAGGUGGUGCCGUCUCCGAGGAGUCGCAGCGACCCCACUUCGUCCAGCCUCGUUCCGUUUAAGUAACAACAACAACACGCCUGUGAUUGCUGCUCUGUGAAUCGAAUCCUUGUUGUGGUCGUCGUCUUUGUUAUUGUUUAUUCUAUAUCAAAUUGUAACUGUGUCGUCAUCCUUUGCUCGAUUCCAAAACAAAAUGAAAAACAAACAUCUGUAGCAGCCCCCAAAACGCCAAAAAACUGAAGAUGUCAAUCGAUAGAAAUUUUACGUUUUGGUUUCAAAAAACAAUCUCUGUAUCUCCUUUUCCUC